UCUUCUCCGGGUUUAACGUUACCUACGAGUCCAAGGGACGGGGAGUCGCCCUCUUUCUCCAUGCACUCCGUUCUGAACCACGGCUGACUCGUAAAGCACCUCGAACUCGAAGAUCUCGUUUACUUUUCCACAAUCUAGGGCUUCUCUCAUGCCAUGGCGGCAAAUGGAAGUUCUCCUGUGGAGAAUGAUAAUAGUUUGGACAGGAUCAAGAGGCAGCUGGCUGCUGGUUCGGGGAGGAACUUACUGCAAGGACCACUUCUGAAACGAUCUGAAACGCUGCGCAAAUGGAAUGAACGAUGGGUGAUCUUAGAUCCAACUACCGGAAAGAUGGAAUACAAGACAAGGAGAAAUGAGCCGGCUAUUAAGGGGACAAUUAUAUUUGAUGCGAAUAGCACAAUCUCUAUUUCUCCUGUUAAUUUUCAUGGGCUGCCAAAGUAUGAGGGUUGCUGUUUCUAUAUUGGGACACCUCAGAAAAAAGACUACUUCCUUUGUGCAGAAACCCCUGGUGCAGCUAGAGCUUGGGUAUCCACUUUACAUGCAGCACAGCUGGUGUUAAGGGCUCAUAGAGAGGCAGUCAAUUCCUUGAGUGGCAAUGGUUCUUCCAGAUUAGGAACUGUUGCAACUGUGGUUGCUGCAGCCAACUCAACAGCAGCAGAAGCAUCUAAAGAAAUCGAAGCAGCAAUGCAGAUAUCAAUGAAAACAGCUCUCAGUAUGUUGACAAAUAAAACAAAGGAAGGUCAAAUGGAUGAUUUAUCAAUCAUGAAGGAGACACUUCGAGUAAAAGACGAAGAGUUGCAACAUUUGGCCAGAGAAAUACGUGCUCGAGAUGCAACAAUAAAAGAGAUUGCUGAGAAAUUAACUGACACUGCAGAAGCUGCAGAAGCUGCUGCAUCUGCUGCUCAUACAAUGGAUGAAGCGCGAAGGGCUGCUUGUACAGAAAUUGAACGUCUUAAAAAGGAAGCAGACCUACAGUUGGAGUCUUCUUUGUCAAAGCUGCGAGUCUUUGAAGAAAGGAUAGAGGGUUUAAGUAAAGAACGGGAUGAACUUUGGAAGCAAAGAAAUUCUGCUCUUCAAGAAGCACAAUUAUGGCGCUCUGAGCUUGCAAAAGCCAGGGAACAUGCUGUUAUACUAGAAGCUGCUGUAGUAAGGGCUGAUGAAAGAGUUAGAGUUGCAGAAGCUGAUGCUGAAACUAAGGUUAAGGAUGCUUUAGAAAAAGAGAUGGCAGCCAUGAAAGAGAAAGAAGAUCUUCUUGCAUAUGUGAAACUUUUGCAGUCACAAAUUCAGAGACAACCAAGCAAUGUGGCGCAUGUCUUUGAAGAGAAAACAGAAUCAUGCUCAAAUGCUGACACCACCCCUCCACUGACAAAGCAUGUAGACUCGUUGGAGAGCAAUGUGGACAAAGCUUGUUUGAGUGUCUCAAAGUCAAUCGCGGUGGCAGUGGAAGAAGUCAACUUUCCGGCAGUUGGCGAAACUGAAUGGAGUGAUUUUCAGGUAGGAGGUGCAAGGAUUGCUGAUGUCAGGGAAAUCUCCCCUGAAGCAGAAGGAAACAGCAUGGAUAUUCCAGUCGUCGGUCCUCCAGUGAAUGAUCCGAGUGGUGGUUCAUCUCAACCAUGAUUUUUUGUAAAGCCAUUGACAACUUUCUAACUAUAAUCACAUCUGUGGGUUGUUUGGCCUUCUAGGUCAAUGAGCCUUCUUUGUGUUUGGCUUGCCAGAUUCUUCACCUCAUUGUAUGGAUUCCAUUUUUAGUGAACCACUUGAUGUGCUUCUUUGCUUAUCAUGUUACCCUUGGAAAAUUUGCUUUCUUUGAGGGCAAUAAGAAUAUGUGCGAGUUGACUUGGUUCA